AUGAAUGUUUAUGGUUCCUCCGUCGGCCGUCAGCCGCCAACUACGCUUGCCAAGGAUCUCCUUCACUACUGUGUGAUCUCGUUGCACGACGCAGACUUGGUUUCUGCCUUGACGCAGUACUUGGACAGGCAGUACGACAGGCGGCACUGGUACAGCUGGACCUUGUUGAUGAUGAUGACUCAGAGUGUACAGCUCGUCAGAAGAGCACGCCUAAUCAGCGGCCAGCGGGUGGCCCUGGAUGGCGGCAUUUUCUUCGAUGUUGAUGGUGGUAACGUGGAGGCAUCAAAAGCGCGCGAAGAGGUCUCACUUCUCGUCGGUGCUCAUGUCCUCGACAGAUGGCGAGGUAAACCGCGCGAAGCGCCUAUCGUACUGCCUAAUGUGAUGAACCUCAAGCCUCGCGCAGGUGAUGUGAUGGGGACGUUACUGAAGGAGAUCGUUCUCGCCAUUGCGACACAGAAUCGAGAACGUCCUUGGUAG